AUGGGAACUCCUAAUCUGAGAGCGGUGGCUCUUAUCGCCGGCGAUAAAAACGUCCGAGGAUGUAUUCAAUUCAUACAAGACACUUCCGGGACUACUCAUGUAACAGGAAAGAUCUCAGGACUGUCUCCAGGCUUCCAUGGCUUUCAUAUUCACUCUUUUGGUGAUACUACAAAUGGAUGCAACUCUACUGGACCUCACUUCAAUCCAUUAAAUCGAGUUCAUGGUUCACCGGAUGGGGAAGAGCGUCAUGCUGGAGAUUUGGGUAACAUUUUUGCUGGAUCAGACGGUAUACACUUUUUUUUUUCCUUCUUCUAUAUAUUUAUACCACUUAGUGGGCAGUAUUCCAUACUUGGGAGGGCUGUUGUUGUGCAUGGUGAUCCCGAUGACCUUGGCAGAGGGGGACACAAGCUUAGCAAAUCAACAGGAAACGCAGGCGCACGAGUUGGAUGCGGUAUUAUCGGACUUCAAUCAGCUGUGGAUCCUAAACUUUAG